GGGAAAUAAAAUCGUUGCUUAAAUUUUGUAGGAAGUCGUAAAGAUAAACGGGCACAAGUCAAGCUAAUUUUCUAUGUCUUUAAGACUAUCACUUUCACUUCCUUUUUUCUCCUUUUCCCCUCAUCUAUUGAGCUCAAAUUGAGUGUGGAGUCACCGUAUGCGGUGAUAUCUACACUAUAUAUCAUCAGUAGUAUCAUCCUACCUUUGCGCUUUGCAUAGCGCAACCGGCAAUUGCCAACAUGGCGCCCAUUUCAACUGCUGGAGAGGCAGUGGCAAGAGUCGCCUAUCUUACUAGCGAUGUCGUUGUUUCCGUCCAGCCAUCCCUACAGACAGAUUCUUGGUUUAGCAAGCCGCUGAAAGCUCUCAAGGAGGGAAAGAAACACAGUAUUCUGCCCACGGGCGUACCUGACGUGGUUUCCGUACGGUACAACGAAGACCCUCUUCUCUCUGCUUUCCACCCUUUACAGAAUGGCAGUGCGGUUUCCGUUGUCUCUAGUUCCUCUGUCCUACUCUCUUCUAUCCCCCACCUCUACCGCUUGGCGAACUCUCCCGUUGUUAUCCAUGUCGCCUUGGAGCCUUCUCCAUUCCCAGAUUACUCAGUAAUCAGCUCGAUACGGCAGUGUGGCUUCACAUUUUUACAUUCAGAGACCAUUCAGGAGGCACAGGAUAUCUCUAUCACUGCCCAUGCUCUGGCCCGCAAGUCCGGCAAAGGUGUCAUUCAUUUUUUUGACCCUGCCAAUUCUGCCCGCGAUGAGCCUAUUGCGGAGGAGGAUGUGAAUGUCGUCCAGAGUAUUCUGAACUUGGGUGGACAUCAUGCUACUCAUUCUACGGGUCUUGGUGCCCAGACAUUAUACACUGAUUCCGGACGAGUGGCCACGGUUUCUGAUGAAGUUGUAGAGAACACUUCGAGGACUCCUGAGGGCGCUGCUACACCUGCGCAGCAAUCUCAGGUCCCAUUGAGCAUCAGCGUUGACACUUCUUCCGUUGGCUCCUCAAGAAGGGAUAGCAGCGCAGAUAGCCGUGCUACCAGCUCCGCCGCCACAACCGUGGAUGCUUCUUCUGUUCGGCCGGUGAGCGCCUCGGACAUCUUCGAGUGGACUGCUCAGAUAUGGCGUAACUUAUCCGCCUUGGUGGGGCGCAGCUACCGUGCAAUCGAGUAUACUGGUCCGUCGGAUGCCAAAUCCGCUCUUUUUGUCUUUGGCUCCACUGGAGUGUUCGUAGAUGUCCUAUCUAGGGAAGAUACCGCCAGUGAACUCAAGAACGUCGGACUUAUCACUGCGCGUUUGUACCGACCAUGGGUAGGCGGUCAGGUUGUGAACUCCAUCCCAACCUCGAUUGAAAAGAUCGCUGUCCUAGAGCAGGUCCGCAAGACCACAAAAUGGGGCCCUUCGUUCAUGGAUCUGUUGUCGAGCUUGACCCCUGCUACUGGUAGCGGACGCACCCCCCAAAUUGUUGGCUACAGACUUGGAUAUGUUGAGCCCUCUACUGCAAUCCAGGCCCUCCGCGGUAUUGUCCAGAACUUGGACUCUGCUUCUCCUAUCCAAAACCUUGAAGUCGGUAGUUCCAAGGUUCCGACGCUUGAAACUGCCCUGGAGCAGCCCCACAUUGAGAAUGCCUAUCUGAAGAUCCUUAACCAGCUCUUCGGGGACCGUUUGCAUAUUGCCAACCAAUUGGAUUCGAAGCACGCCGGUGUUUCCUCCACCAUUGCAGCCAGCCCCGAAUAUGGAUUUGGUUCAUUGAUUGCCAGAAUGGAACACCGUCGCCGUUUUGUGCGGGAGGUCGAAGAAGCUUCGAAGGCUGGCAGCUUUACUACUGAUGCCCCUAAGUCAUGGUUGUCAAACUGGGUUCUUAGUGCUGGAGACGCAACCAAGGCCAACAAACUGGCUCCAGACGUCAUCGAUCUCCUGUCCAAGGAUGAUUCUCAGUUGUCCAAAAAACUUUUAGAGUCCAAGAAACUGUUCUACAAUGAAUCUUUAUGGCUCGUUGGCUCCGAUGCCUGGGCUUAUGAUCUUGGAAACUCUGGUGUCCACCAUGUCCUGGCCUCCGGUGCUAAUGUCAACAUGCUCGUCAUCGAUUCUCAGCCUUACUCAGAGCGCACCGCUGCUGAUCCCACGCGUAGAAAGAAGGAUAUCGGUCUUUACGCCAUGAACUACGGCAAUGCCUACGUUGCCUCAGUUGCUGUGUACGGCUCCUACACUCAGGUUCUCCAAGCGAUGGCCGAGGCUGAGCAGUUUAAGGGUCCAUCCGUCGUUGUUGCAUAUCUGCCGUAUCACCAGGAGGACGACUCUGCCUUGACCGUUCUUCAGGAGACUAAGAAGGCUAUCGAUCUUGGAUAUUGGCCUUUGUACCGCUGGAACCCCGGAAACGACGAGAACGCCGAGCCCAAGUUCUCCUUGGAUUCGGAACGCAUCAAGCGUGAACUUGAAGAGUUCCUCCGAAGGGAUAACCAGCUUAGCCAGCUUAUGAAGCGUUAUCCUAAAUUUUCUUCUGCCCUCUCUGAGUCUUACGGCACUGAGGUUCGGGCCCUUCAGAAGCGCAAGGCUAAAGACUCUUAUGAGAAGCUUCUUGAAGGUCUUUUUGGCGCUCCUCUGACUAUUCUGUUCGCAUCAGACGGUGGUAAUGCUCAGAAUCUAGCAAAGCGUCUUGGAAAUCGCGGCCGUGCCAGGGGUUUGAAGACUAUGGUUGUGGCCAUGGACGAUUACCCACUCGAAGAUCUGUCCACUGAGGAGAAUGUGGUUUUCAUCACCAGCACUGCAGGCCAGGGAGAGUUUCCCGUAAAUGGCCGUGGUCUGUGGGAGUUCGUCAAGAAUUCUGGUGAUCUGGACUUAUCUACCAUCAACUACUCUGUUUUCGGUCUUGGUGACAGCCAUUACUGGCCGCGCAAGGAAGAUAAGAUCUACUACAACAAGCCAGCCAAGGACCUUGAUACCCGCGUUGCCUUCCUUGGUGGGCGUAAGCUCACAGAUAUUGGCCUCGGUGAUGAUCAAGAUCCAGACGCUUACCAGACCGGUUACUCUGACUGGGAACCACGACUUUGGCAAGCCUUGGGCGUGGACAAGGUCGAGGGUCUACCUGAGGAACCCGCGCCUUUGACGAACGAGGACAUCAAAAUCCAGUCCAACUACCUUCGCGGUACUAUUGCUGAGGGUCUGUUGGAUGAGACUACUGGUGCUAUUUCUGCAAGCGACCAACAAUUGACCAAGUUCCACGGCACUUAUAUGCAAGAUGAUCGUGACGUGCGCGAUGAGCGCAAAGCCCAAGGCCUUGAGCCCGCCUACAGCUUCAUGAUCCGUUGCCGGCUUCCCGGUGGUGUUGCUACCCCUCUUCAGUGGCUGCAGAUGGACGCUAUCAGCAGCUCACAUGGUAACGAGACCAUGAAACUCACGACGAGACAGACCUUCCAGUUCCAUGGUGUCAUCAAGCGUAACCUCCGGGGCGCCAUGCGUGCUAUCAACAAGUCACUCAUGACUACUAUUGCGGCGUGCGGUGAUGUCAACCGUAAUGUCAUGUGCAGCUCCCUUCCAGAGAUUUCUUACUUCCAUCGCGAAGCGCAUGCCGUCGCACAGAAGAUCAGUGACCAUCUUCUUCCCUCUACUACAGCUUACCAUGAGAUUUGGCUGAAGGAUGACGAUGACAAGAAAGUUCAGGUCGCAGGAGAUGCUAUUGUCGAUCACGAGCCCCUCUAUGGACCUACAUACCUGCCUCGUAAGUUCAAGAUUACAAUUGCAAUCCCUCCUCACAACGAUACCGAUGUGUAUGCGCACGAUAUUGGUUUGAUCGCCAUCAAGGGAUCCGACGGGCAUUUGGAAGGUUUCAAUAUUCUCGCUGGUGGUGGUAUGGGUGCCACUCACAACAACAAGAAGACAUAUCCCCAGACGGGCCGCAUGUUCGGAUAUGUACCUGCCGAUCAGGCUCACAUUGUCUGUGAAAAGAUUAUGCUUGUCCAGCGUGAUCACGGUGAUCGGAAAAACCGUAAGCAUGCACGUCUGAAGUAUACAAUUGACGACAUGGGUGUUGAGGGCUUCAAGGAGAAGGUGGAGGCCCUCCUCCCAGAUAACUUGCGGUUUGCUGAACCUCGUCCGUUCAAGUUUACUUCAAACGUUGAUACCUUUGGCUGGCUGAAGGACGAGAAGGGCCUUAACCACUUCACUUUCUUCAUUGAGAACGGACGUAUUGAAGAUACUGCCGACUUCCAGAUGCGUACCGGCUUGCGUGAACUGGCAAAGCUUGACAAGGGCGAGUUCCGUCUCACAGGUAAUCAGCACUUGAUUCUAUCGAGCGUCAAGGAUGAGGACCUUCCCCCUAUCAAGGAAUUGAUGGCCAAGUACAAGCUCGACAACACCUCUUUCAGUGGUAUGCGUCUUUCCUCCUCCGCCUGUGUCGCUUUCCCCACUUGUGGUCUAGCGAUGGCCGAGUCUGAGCGCUAUCUGCCUGUUCUUAUCUCUAAGCUCGAGUCUACCCUGGAAGAGGUAGGCUUAGCUAGAGAAAGCAUUGUCAUGCGUAUGACAGGUUGCCCGAACGGCUGUGCCAGGCCCUGGCUCGCCGAAGUUGCCUUCGUCGGUAAGGCGUACGGUGCUUACAACAUGUACCUCGGCGGUGGCUACCACGGACAGCGCUUGAACAAGUUGUAUCGCUCAUCUAUCAAGGAGGAUGAGAUUUUGGAAAUCAUGAAGGGUCUCCUCAAGCGGUACUCUCUCGAGCGUAACACUGAUGGUGAGAAGCCUGAGAGGUUCGGAGACUGGUGUAUUCGUGCGGGCGUUAUCAAGGCAACGACUGACGGACAAAACUUCCAUGAAGGAGUCGCUGAAGAAGACGAAGAUGACGAGUAAAAAAUUAAAUUAAAGGAUGAUAAAGGGGCAAAAUUCUUUGGGUUAUUUUUUGAACUACGUUUUGAUUGUCAUGACCAUCUAAAGUUACGUCGCUUGCAGCAUUUAGAUUCCACGAGUUCCAUUUGAGCAAAGCUUCAUCUGGCUAGUGAUUUGCUCUGUUCUUAAUCAUGAUCACUUACCCUUACUUCUGUAUACUCCUGUAUAUGCCUGCUGUUUUAAGAUAAUGAGUCACGGAUCAGAUUCCAUUAAUCUUCAUGUACUAUGUUGGGGGCGAUAAGUUGGCUCCAGUGUAUUAGCUACCUAAUUCAAGCGUCAUUUUUA